AUGAAUGGCGGAUCUUGCCAAGAUGGAAUUAAUACCUAUAUCUGUGAGUGUGCUAAGGGAUACACAGGAUCCAACUGCCAGUUCGAAAUCAACGAAUGUGAUUCUAGUCCCUGCAAAAAUAGAGCAACAUGUGUUCAUCAUGUGGGAAACUACACGUGUCACUGUCCUUUUGGUUACACUGGGCUUCGGUGUGAGACUUUAGUUGACUGGUGUAACACAAAUCCGUGCUUAAAUGGAGCCACUUGUAAGCAGAACAAAAACACUUACAAGUGUAUAUGUCGACCUGGCUGGACAGGAACGUUGUGUGAUGUGUCAAUGGUGUCUUGUUCUGAUGCUGCCCUCCAGAAAGGCACUGAAGUAAGGGAUUUAUGUAAAAAUGGUGGAACAUGUGAAAACAUUGGGAAUAGCCAUCGCUGUAGUUGUUCGAAAGGAUACGAGGGGAGUUAUUGUCAACAUAAAAUCAACGAAUGUGCGGCACAACCGUGCCAGAAUGGUGCCAUCUGCCGUGACUUGGUUGGACAGUACAGAUGUGAUUGUCUUCCUGGUUUCAAAGGUUUGAAUUGUGAGUUCAAUAUAGAUGACUGCGAUCCUAACCCUUGUCGCAACGGGGGGACAUGUCAUGACCAGGUGAAUAACUUCGUGUGCUCCUGCCCUCAUGGGACUCUGGGUAUCCUGUGUGAAAACAAUGUAAAUGAGUGCUUUGAGGGAGCCUGUCAUCAUGGAGGAUCUUGUAUUGAUAAGGUUGGAGGCUAUGAAUGUCGGUGUCCACCAGGGUUUGUUGGACCAAGGUGUGAAGGCGAUGUGAAUGAAUGCCUCUCAAACCCUUGCAAUAACCCUGGUGUCCAGGAUUGUGUUCAUUUAAUUAACAAUUAUCGCUGUGAAUGCAAACCAGGCUUCAUGGGCCGACACUGUGAAACCAGGAUUGACUUCUGCUUAUCCAAACCCUGUUUAAAUGGAGGAAUAUGUAACAGUGGUCGUAGCGGCCCAAUUUGUGUAUGUCCUGAUGGGUUCUGGGGAGAAAUCUGUAACAAUACCAACACUACGUGUGCCAGUAGCCCUUGUAAGAAUGGAGGACAGUGUCGACAGCAUCGUGGUGGAUACAGCUGUAUUUGUCUUCAGGGGACAACUGGAAAGUAUUGUGACAUCGACAUCUAUGAUGAAUGUGAAUCUUCACCAUGCUUGAACAGAGGAGAAUGUAUUAACAAAAUUGGUAAAUUUGAGUGUUUGUGUCCCGCAAACUGGAAUGGACUUCAGUGUGAGAGCUUUGAUACUGGCUUUAGAGGUGGAGUUGGAACAAUGAUGACCCCUGGUGUGAAUUUUCAGAAUCUUCCAGAGGAAGAGAAAGAAAAAUGUGCUUUUAAUAAAUGUAGGCUUAAAGCUGGAGAUCGUCAUUGUGAUGAAGACUGUAACAAUUUCGCAUGUAACUUUGAUGGAGGAGACUGUUCUCUAGGGCUCCAUCCAUGGGAGAAUUGUACAGCAGCCGUCAACUGCUGGGAUGUAUUCCGUAAUGGAAAGUGUGACCUGGAAUGUAACAAUGUUGAAUGUCUGUUUGAUGGAUUUGACUGCACCCAGAAACUUCCACCAUGCAAUGAAAUGUAUGACAGUUACUGCCAAAAGAACUAUGCUAAUGGAAAGUGUGACUACGGAUGUAACAACGAGGAGUGUAAUUGGGAUGGUCUGGAUUGUGAAGAAGACCAUCCAAGGUUAGCAGUUGGUCAGUUGGUUAUCACCCUGUUGAUUGAUUCAAUGGAUUUUGAGAGGAGUAACAUUUCCUUCCUGAGAGAGAUUGGUCAUGCACUCCGAACUAAUGUGAGGAUUAAAACUGAUAAUCAGGGGAACCAGAUGAUUUAUCCAUGGAGAACAAGAAUUGAUGUUCACCUGGAGAUUGAUAACCGACAGUGUCUGAAGUCAACGUACAAUGAAUGUUUUCAAACAGCAGCUGAGGCUGCUCGGUUUCUUGCUGCUUCCAGAUCUCGCCACUCCUUGGACACUGCUUUCCAAAUUGAAAGUAUUCAAAGUUCAGAUGAACUGGAGAAGCCUCGUGGCCCUAAGGUCACUUAUCCCAACAUGGUCUACAUUGUCAUUGGGGUAAUAGUGAUAAUUUUGCUAGGAUUGCUGCUUGGAGUUUUAGUUACGACACAGAGAAAGCGUGUACACGGUAUCACCUGGUUUCCUGAAGGAUUCUUCCGAAACAACAAUAACCAGAAACGACAGUCACGACGCCGAGGACCUGAUGGCCAGGAGAUGAGAAACCUCCAAAAACAAGCCUCUGCCCAAAGAGUUGAUGCUAAUGAUAAUAACACCAUACCCACAGAGACAGGAGGAUGGAGUGAUGAUGACAUGGGGGACCAUCCUCCAGUCAAGAAGAUGAAAUGUGAUCAUUCCCCAGACCCAAGCUUUGGAGAUACCCAUACGGUAAUGACCACUACUGACUAUGAUGAGAAUGACCCUCGACCUUGGACGCAGCAGCAUCUUGAUGCAGCUGAUGUUCGUAAUCCCCACGUCCUUGCUUUAACACCUCCACAAAGAGACAGUGAGCUAGAACCAGGAAAUGUUGAUGUUAGAGGACCAGGGGGCCUUACACCUCUAAUGUUAGCAUCUUUCCGAGGAGGAGGUUUAGAUACAGGAGAAGAUGCAGAGGAGGAUGAUGGAUCUGUUAGUAUGAUUCAGGACUUGAUUACUCAAGGAGCUAAGAUCAACAUGACGACGGAACGAACAGGAGAAACAUCACUUCAUCUCGCUGCAAGGUAUGCUAGAGCUGAUGCUGCCAAAAGGCUGCUAGAUGCAGGAGCUGAUGCUAACUCUCAGGACAACACUGGUCGAACACCGUUACAUGCAUCUGUGUCAGCUGAUGCUCAAGGAGUUUUCCAGAUUCUGUUAAGAAACAGAGCAACUAAUCUGAAUGCUAGAAUGCAUGAUGGAACAACACCACUGAUUCUAGCUUCGAGACUAGCAAUAGAAGGAAUGGUGGAAGACCUGAUAAAUGCUGAAGCAGACCUUAAUGCUUCUGAUGAUGCUGGUACAUUGGACAUUGAACUUUGGAGCCAAUGGAAGUUAAGUAGGUUAUCAUUAGCCUUGUAG